AUAAAUACACAUACAAAUUAAAGUACAGAAUAGAAAUAAAGUACCUGCUCAGCAAUGGAAGUAGACGAAGUUAAAAGUUUGGAAGGGAUGCCCGAUUGCGCAAAGGUGCGGUUAAACCAGAUGGAUACCAUAACGCGGACUUUGAGAUGCGUAAAGAGCGAUCUGGAGAUCUUCGAUGUUGACGAGGAGGUCAGCUUCUCAAAUGCCGAAGAGGAGGAGCAAAUGGAGUUAUAUGAGAUCUCCGAAGAUGUUACGGACGAUGCAGAAAAGGCAGUGAAGGUUGUUCACGAUAUAGAUUGCCUGAUCCGACAAAUUGAACUCAUGCAGAUUACCAUUAAGAGUCGUCAGUUUAAGGAAAGUAGCGAAAAGGUCAGUGAAAAAUCUGAAGAGCAUCCGAUAGAAACCCUGACCAAGGCCCAAAUAAAGUGCAAGGAGCAGGAAAAUGAGGAAAAUGAAAGGGACUCCGAAACACAGGUAAAAUCGUCAAUCAAACAGCCCAAAUUCAUUCCGCUGGAGGGCCAGGAAUUACUGGAAGCAAGGAGCCUUCGCCAAGCCCACCAUUGUAUUCAAUUAGAAAUAGACAAAGUGAUCUGCAGAUAUCAAAACUUUCGCGAAAUCAUACAUAAAAUGCGCGAACAAUUUCGCUGCAUGGAACUGCAACUGGAGGAUCUGAUCUCCAAGUCUCGGGAGCAGCUCGCUUGGACCCAUGAGGUGGCCAAGGAGAUGAAGGUCUGCAAGGAGCGGCACACAUAUUUGCUCGACGUCAAGAUGUCCAAGCACGAAGUACUCAAAACGGCCAAGGUUCAUGCCGCCCGAUUUGCCAAAAAAAAUUCUGCCUAUCUUAACAAAAGCCGCCUGAGACGCGAAAUAUUUGAGUUUAGCGAGGAGGUUAAUGACCUUGUUCUGUUUAUGGGUGAACUGCACCAAGAACUGCACCGAAAUAUGGCUCUACUCGAAAAGCCACGCAUGAAUAAACAGGAAAAUCCAACCGAAUUUAUAAUGUCUAUUGCCGAGUCAACAAGUCUAUCCCAUAAGUUCGCGGAAUCGCGAAUAAAGCUUGAAGUCAACGAGAUGACCCAGAAUUAAUUUAGAGGGACUUACAAAAAUAUAUAUUACAUUGUAUAUACUAAGCAUAAAAUCUUAACAUGUUCUUGAGACUAUACAAGUAAAUUUAGAAAAAGUUUAACCAGAAAAA